AUGGCCUCUUACAGCACCCAGAAGGAAAUUCCAGAUAUUUCAUCCAACUUUCAGAGGUUCCAGCAGGAAGAUGCACAUGAGUUCCUCUUCAAUGCUGCAAUUGUGGUUGGUCACUCUUCUGACACCUAUGAGCCCUUGAUUGACCUGAGUUUGGAGAUUGAGAAUAUGGGUACUCUUCCUAGUGCAUUGGAAUCUUUCACGAAGGUGGAAAAGAUUGAAGAUCCAGGACAAAGUUCACUUGUGAACAAUGCUCCUUCUGUUGCUGCAUUCCACUUGAAAAGAUUCAAGAAUGAUGGCUCCUAUGCUGAGAAGAUUGACAAGCACGUGGAGUUCCCACUAGAGCUAGACUUGCUGCCAUACACUGGUGGCGAUCAGAAUAAUGAUAUGGAAUUGAAGUACAAUCUAUAUGCAGUUGUUGUGCAUAUCGAAUUCUCAUCCACUUCAGGUCAUUACUAUUGCUUCAUUCAUUCUGCCCCAGAUGCAUGGUACAUGCUAGAUGACUCAAAGAUGGAUUAUCUCGUGCACAAAGCUAAAUUGUAUAUGACUGAUUGGCACUAUAAGCAUUUUUGGAAGAAAUAUAUAUUUUUGGAUAGAUGUGUAUGGAAAAGAUUUGGGUGGACUAGUAGUUAUAUUUUUGGAAAGACUAGUAGUUAUAUUUUUUAGAUGAAUGUGUAUGGA